AUGGCCUCCGAAUCUUUGACACCUCGUUAUCAGCUACGUGACAGGGCCAUUACAAAUAUUCCGCCCACGCCUGUUACAGCCAGUAACCUCGUGGUUCAAGGCGCUGUUACACCGGCCAGGAGCUUUUUCGACCUGCCGCCUGAGCUACGAUGCCAGAUAUACCAUCAGAUCUUCGUCACCAAGCCACCCUUCCAGCUCAAGCUCCCACGAAGCUCGGAUAGAAGACGGUACGACCGGGGUAUGAGCAAAUUCAAUGUCCAGUAUGCGUUGGCUGAUCCUAUUUCCAACCCCAUAGGCGCGGUGUCGACUCGACCAAAACCACCUAUCUGGUUCCUCGCAUGCAAGCAAAUGUGCAUAGAGGCCAUUGGUCAGUUUCAGCGAGGCGCUAUUUGGAUAUUGUCGAACAUUGACUCCUUUACAACCCCGGAAGGACCGCAGUUUUCCGUCUGGAAGAACGCUGCAAGUGGGCGUACCCGACGAGUAGGACCGUUUCUGCUCACCCCCAGCGAUGCGCAAGAUAUCAGGCUUAUCAGUGGCCCGCUAAUGCAUGCAUUUGGCGAGAUCGACCAUCGUGGCAAGCCCUUCAACCGAGUCACUUGGGGAUGGGACAAUGACAUUGUGCAACGCUUGAGCUCGAGCGUGGCCACAUCCACUAAUUUGCGGAGCUUGACGGUGAACAUCAUCACCAUGUCACCAAAUGGCUGGAACUCUAAGGGUGGACCGGGAAAUGCACCCUGCAAGGUCGACUACAAGUGGCUCGGAAACCUUGAGUUGCCACAGCUCCAGGACUUGAAGAUCGAGAUGCUCUAUGAUACAGCAUUCGCCGCUGAUAGGAGGAUCAUGGCCGCAUUUGAUGAAGCUACGAUCGAGGUCGGCAUGAAGUUGAUUGGUGGGAAAGGCACAUGGUCGUUCACUCGGACUGGUGGUUCUUGGGUUGCUCCCAGGACGCAGCGUCCCAUAUGCCUCCGGAUUCCGUACACCUUCAAACGGGGUGAGAGCUAG